AUGCUGUUACUGAAUUUAUUUGUAAUUCUAAACGAGAAACAGACUAAGAUAUCAUAAAUUUAAGAAAAGAAGCUUAACGAUAUGGGAUUAAUACUUAUGCUAGAUUUCAUUCCAAAUCAUUCUGCAAUUGAUAGUCCAUUUAGAACAUCAAAUAUAGACUAUUAUAUUAGAGCACCCCUAAUACUCCUAAGUCUUAUGAUUCUGAAUACUACUUACCUGAUGGAGUUAGUUAUGGUGGUAAUUAAUGGGAUGGAUUUUGGAAAGACACUGAUUAGUGGAAUUAUUGGAAUUAAGAUACAAGAACUUUUCUCAAAUCUAUUGUCAACAAAAUAGCCUCAAUUUCAUAUGGUAUGA